ACUUGUUUGAAGCUAUGGCGACUCUAAACUGUGCUUGGACGUUGCUACUCUCCGUUUAUAAUGCUGGCGGCUGGAUACGUUUGUUGUCAGUCGAGUCUGUUAAGAACAGCGCUCGACCAAGUAACAACUGGGGCCUUAUCCUUAUCUCAGAGCUGUCCUAUGUACCGGUAUUUCCCCUUUACAAGCCACCUGGUGCUCUUUACACCGCAGACCUCCAGCCAUAACAACGUAAUGACCGACCUUGAGCCUGGGACCUGCUUGUCUGGCUGCAGAAGUGUGUCUUCAUGGCAAUUCAGUCCCUCCACUCUGGUCCUAUCAUGCGGUCAACUUGCUUGUGCAUUCCUCACAAAAGAUCUCCUGACUGGCCUCCUCCUCUUUUUGCUGCCUCCACAAUCCAAUCACUCAAGCUCCAGCUCUUUACACCUCGUGAGACUUUGGUGGCUCUGGUCUCACACUACAGAGGAACCGGUUCUGCACAGCCGAAGCGCAUGCCAUCCCAGCAGCACCUCUGCCAGCCCCUCAUUUUACUGCACACGGCGGACAAAAUGUUAAGACCGGAUUGGCGCAAAGGCUGGAGGGAAAACACAAAUGAAAGGCUGCUAGUUGAGAGGGACGGCACGAACUCCUGAGUGAGCCACUUGGCGGAGAGGAAUCAAGCGGUUUGAAACACAGGGCAAGACUUGGAGGAGGAGGAGGAUGAGGCGGACACUGUUUGAAGAAAGAUGAAGGCAGAUAGAAGCAAACAGUCUGUGACUUGGAUCGAAUUGUUGGCGGAAUUGAAAAGAAGAGAGGGGAAAGUAACAUUGUUUCUAGGCCUUUAUCUGCUCACUAAAGUGUGACCUCCAUCUUUUUCAAGCUGCAUCUUUUCUCUUCUGGCUGAGUUGCACCUGCUCCAUGUAAACCAGGAAGGCAUCAGAAGGUUUGGAUCAUAUUCCAGAUUGUGCGACCUUGAGGUUCUUCAAAUAUUGAGUUGUCUUCUUUUGAUACUCUUCUAGAGGCUGAUCCUUCCAUUCCCACAAGUGUUGAGCAUCGUGGCGGCAGCCCUGCAGAGACAAAAGGUUUGCAGUGGUGCGUGGAUGUUCGUCAGGUAGGCAAGACGCACAAACAGCACAACACCGCAAAUGCAAUCAAUAUUCCCUUCUGUGAGCUACCUGCCACUGGGCUCGCCAUCUGGCGUAGAGCAGCAGGGGAGAGGCGGCUGCUCGAAAGGAACACACUCGCAACCCCGCAUGGAAAAGUACGAUUGGAAGGUGUGACACAGCUGCCUCGAUUGUGCCCUCUAAUGUGAACGAAGACGCGAAAGGAUCACAGGCAGCUGUGGAGCGAUUGAUGCACUCGUGUUUUUCUGAAAGUUGUCCAUCAAAUGGCCCCCCCGUGCCAAGCCAAAUGGAUAUGACAUGAAGACGGACGUGACCCAGCGGAGAUUGUGGGCCGCAGGAGACGGAUCGGUCGGUGCCGCAGAAUCCAAAAUAUCAAAUUCUUCAAGAACACACAAGUGACAUAAAAUACAUCGCAAAGAAAACGACGACAUGAGAAGUCAUACUCCAACCUUAUGACGUCACGGUGACGCCUCAAUGGGUUUUGCGCCGUCUGUGGGCUGCUUUCGCUGCUUCGUGAGUCUGAAGGAAACUUCUGAACUGUGUUCCGGCUACAAAAUGACAACGUUCCAUUUGAUCAACGUGGACAGAUGCUUCGAAACCCUUGACAGUAUCUUCAACGACAACCCCAAAGUGAUCGAGGCCGGCAGAGUCGGGAAAGCCUACGAGGCACAGCUGCAGAACAUCAUGAAGUCGCAGAUUCUUCCCCUGGUGGAUGAGUUUCGUCAAACAACCAAUUACGACACCGUGUAUGAGAGCAAGCUCCAGACAGCAGCCGACAAUUUCAUCGCUGAAGCCUCCAAACUGCCUCGAGCCACUGGAUGCAUCCCCCCGUGCGGCUUUCAGACUGCAGACGGCCAUUACGACUGUGUCAAAUGCAAAAAAGAUUCCUGCAAUUUUCCUCUUGACUGCCCAGUUGAAAACAGAACAGUGGAAGAGAACAAUCCAGUCCAAAUGUUGUGCGAUGUGUCAUUUCAAUUACCCCAAAAUACCAAGAUCAUGAAGAUUUGGAAGUUUGCAGAGCAAGUAAAAACUCGGCAGGUGGAGUUGUUUGAAGAAGUGACGGUAGGGGAGGACAACCUCUACUCCAUCUCAUCUACCAGGACGCACCACCAGGGCACCUACCAGUGUGAGAUCUAUUCAGAUGAGAUAUCCAUUGCCAGAAUUUACUACUAUCUCACAGUGACCCCCCACGUCGUGACGGGCCAUUCCGAGCUGCAGGAGAUAUUUGAGCUGUCUCUGCUCCCUGGAGGGAGGUUACACGCUGAGUCGCCUCGCCCCUCUCAGUACCUCCCAUCACGCGUGCUCAUCGCCAUCUGCUUUACAUCUUUGCUGCUCCUCCUCAUCCUCUCCUUGGGGACUAUCUUUUUGGAGAACGCAAGUGGUACUGAACGGACCAGACGAAAUCAAGACUUGUGAUCCUGAAAGAUACAUAGAAUAAAGCCUUUCCGCCCUGUUCUUUGAAGAAAAAAAA